AAGAUCUCAUCUUCUCUCCAAUGGCUAAUAAUAAUAAGCUGUUGUACUAUGUAAUUUUUUCCAUGUUUUUGCUGCUUACAAUGUUACGAGUUUGGCGAGAAACCACCAACGGACCUCAUGUUUAUAGGCGAAAAGAAUGGAUUGAAACGAUUUUCGAAUCUGGAUUUGCCUGUCUUCGUGUGGGAUUCCAUGAAGAUCAAAAGUACUUUAGGUCGUAUUUUCUACAAUAGCUAAUGAGUAUGUGUAUACUCAUUAUUGAUCAAUGGUUCAGUUUGUUGUACUUACACUGGCUUGACCAUGAUUUAUUUAUUCUGUCUUUGGUUGUAUGGGGCUUCCUUAAACUGAAGACAGCUAUGGUCUCCAAAAUCCAGAGAAAUCGAUCGUUUUUUUUUGCGGAUCCGGGUCGGGGUCAUAAGUCUUCAUAUCUUGGGAGUCCAACAUAUAUAUAGAGCUUAGCCCCUUGAAAUAAGAUUCUCCAUGUAAUAACCUUUAUUUUUACUUCCUUUAAAACAGAAUCAAUGUUUUGACUGUUUCAAACAGUCUGUUUGUAAACAACAACAACCCAAUAUCUUGAUG